CUAUCAGUUGACGCAUGCGCACACGUCGUGCCGGGGUAUACAAUGGAGUCGGACGUACAUAGGCAGCGCUGGCAUGAACACUAGAAGCCCCGACGCCUUAGUUACUAUGUUAUAAAAUAACCGCGGGGCUGGUCGCGAGCGGUGGCGCCGUCCACAGACGACUCGACGUGAAAGUGAAAGAGUGCUGAGUAACUGCUGAGUUCACCUGCUGUGCGGUGUCAGUGCCGCUGUCUUCCUUUAGCGGUGACUGUCCUCUGCAUUUUUCCCAUGCCUUUGUCUGAAAGAGCAGUGAAAUAGUUACCGUCCGAUAAACACUAAGGAAAAUGUCAGAGGUCAACUUAGGAAAGCGCAAGGAGAAGUGUGAGAACUGCACCAAACAGUGCAACAAGAAACAGAGUGAUGAGGGUGGCAACUCACAGCAGGAGAGAGAUGACGUCAAUGGGCAGGUGAAUGAAUCCCAGUUGUUGCUGAGUGCUUGUCUUUCCUGUGAUGGCUGUCUGUCAGAGGAGGAGAGCCUGAAGAUUUCUCAGCAGAGCCUGGAGGAAGUGGAGCGGGUUCUGGCUCUCAAUAAGAAGUGUGACGUGUCAAAGCACAAAGUGCUGGUUGCGUCGGUUUGUCCGCAGUCCCUGCCUUUCUUCGCUGUCAAGUUUGGUCUGGACGUCAGUGAAGCCGCCCACAAACUCUGUGGCUUCCUCAAGAGCCUGGGAGUGCAGUACGUGUUUGACACCACUCUGGCGGCAGGCUUCAGCAUCUUAGAGAGCCAGAAGGAGUUUAUUCAGAGGUACCGCAGGAGGCACCACGACUCCCACGCCCUGCCCAUGUUCACCUCCUCCUGCCCAGGGUGGAUUCGUUACUCAGAGCGUGUCCUGGGCAGCUUGGUCACCCCUCAUAUCUGCACAGCCAGGUCUCCUCAGCAGAUCAUGGGCUGUCUGGUCAAAGACUACUUCUCCAAACAGCAGCAGAAGCUGAGUCCAGAGAAGGUCUACCAUGUGGUGGUGGCUCCCUGCUUCGAUAAGAAGCUGGAGGCUGUCAGAGAGGAGUUUUACAACAGCCUGCUGGAGACCAGAGAUGUGGACUGUGUCCUCACCUCAGGGGAGAUUUAUUACCUGAUGGAGCAGAGGAAGGUUUCAGUGGAGGAGCUGGACUCUGUUCCACUGGACCAAGUACUGGGAGAUGCAGGAGAUGUGGCGCUGGUGAGGCACGAGGGCCGAGGUUCUGAAGGUUUCCUGGAACACGUGUUCAAACACGCUGCCAAAGAGCUCUUCGGUCUGGACGUCCACGAGAUCACAUACAAGACCCUCAGGAACAGGGACUUCCAGGAAGUGACGCUGGAGCGAGACGGAGAAACUCUGCUGCAGUUUGCCGCCAUCUAUGGUUUCAGGAACAUCCAGACCCUGGUUCACCGUAUGAGGAAGGGACGUGUGCCUUACCAGCUGGUGGAGGUUUUGUCCUGCCCAGGAGGGUGCCUGAGCGGCCGCGGUCAGGCAGAGAGCGAGGUGGGAGGACGGGUGGAUAAAGCCCUGGUUCAGCAGAUGGAGGACGCCUACAGCAGCCUGCCGGUCCGUCUCCCAGAGGUCAACCCCACCCUGCAUACCCUCUACCAAGACUGGCUGCAGGGCCAGGACUCCUCGCAGGCCGGCAUGCUGCUGCACACCCAGUACAAGAACCAGGGUCAGAUCCACGCGCAGCCCCCACACAUGCAGUGGUGAGGGAACAGGAAGUGGUCUUCCUUUUUAUCCUGCUCGGACCAUCUCGUCGUUCAUGCUGGCACCAUGAAGGACGUGCCGAACACCACGCUGCACUAUGGACCAAUGAGGGAGAAGUCUCCAGAGGUGCAAUUCUUCCAUUUGGCCACAGGGGGGCAACAUCUGUAUUUACAAAACGGUGGAUCCCUCUGUGCCAGACUUGGGCCUGUGGAGAAAUACGGAUCUGGAGUCCAGAAAAACACACAGACAGUAAGAAGUGAUAUCAGUGAGCUGCUCAGAUAAUGGCUAAUUGAAAAACAAAUGGGUAAAAAGUCACUUCAGCUGUUCUUAGAAAUGAGGAAGUCUGAGUAGCAAGUGUGAACUAUUCAUGUUGAUUUCCAGAGCAAUAAGCACAGCUGGAGCUGAUGAGCUGAACUUGAGACUGAAUGUACUUUUAAAGAGUCCAGUGUGUUCCACAUCCAAACCGUCCAACAUUAAACAUGCUUCUGUUAGUCUCCACUGUGCCAGCUAUGCAACAGAGUCACCGUCUCCUCUCAACAGUCAGAGUCAGUGGAGUCGAGCUGCUCUUUGGUUCAAGAGAGGUCAAAGGUCUUUGAGAAGCACUGAACCUGACAGUGAGUGUUUGGUUUGGAGGAGGGUGUCAUUGUUUUUAAUGGUACAACAUGAUUUCACUUUGUUUCCAUUCCACUGUUUUUAUUAAGUUAUCAUGUUUUUGUUCUUUGUUUUGCGAGAUCAUACAUGUCAUACAUGUUACACACUAAAAUAUUCUGACAAACAAAUGUGGUGUUGUUUUAUUGUAACACAGUGCAGAGUGUCUGGAUGAUGUUUGUAUAAACCUUCCAGGUUAAUAAUUAUCUGCAAGGCUGAUCAGAGAUCAGAUCUGUCGCUGCUGAUCCACAAAACAGCAGUUUUUAGUGUUGAGAUGAAAUAGGUCUGUGGAUUAUCAGGAGCGACAAAAUUCCCAGGUAAAGAGUCGCUCCCUGAUGCUCACAGAGGGAAUAUUUUAUGAGUUUCUAAAGACAGUGAAACGUCCAGGAUGGUCUUCCUGUGUCUGUCUCUGCUCUCUGCUGCUGCUUUUCUACAAAGCAGUGUCUCAGCAGAUGAAGCAGUGUCACUGAAGUGCAGUGAAGCAGUGGAAGUUGCAGCUGGAGGAACUGUGACACUGACCUGCUCUAUACAUUAUCAGGAUGUGGCAGUGGGAGGCUGUAAAGUUCUACAUUCUGCCUGGCAUAACACAAACAGCAGCAUUAUACCAUGUGGCAGUGGUUCAGGAGAAUACAUCUGUGAUUCAGACCAUCAGACUUAUGUGUCUCUGAUCAUCUCUAAUGUCACGAAGGAGGAAAAUUACACAGCUGCAGUGAUGACAGACUGUGGUACAGCUUUAUCAUCUAUCAACGUACAAGUUAAACACUCCGGUAACAUCUAUAACGGUGGAGUCGUAUUAACACUGGAGCAGGACACCAAGGUGCCAGUCAUAUGUUUUGUUUGUCGUCGCUGCUGCGAGCGUGAAAACCAUCACACUCAUCAUCAGACUCCAACCUGAGGAGCUCCUGACUGAGCUCAGUCACAUGUUCAAUCACCUGUCUGCAGAAUGAAACAUGAACGUGACAGUUUGUGUUCAUUCAGAUUGAUCCAUGAUGAUGUAAUGAUUUGUGUUUGUGAGUAUUAAUCAGUGUAAAUGUAAAGGGAGAGAACAGAAGAGAACACUGCAGACAUCAAGUCUUUUCUUCUUCACACAUUCGUCUUUCCAGAGCAGUGAAAACACUGAGGAAGCUUUUAACACAGAGUCCAGAGUGUUCCUAAUGAAACUGUGCUGUGAGUGUCUGAAUAAAACCAUGAAGGAGUUUAA